GUGACUUUGAGAUACCUGGCAAAGGGUGAUGUCUUCAGUGAAGUAGGUGAUCUUCACGGUAUAAGCCGAAGUUCUGUUUCAAGGUCUAUUUUGGUGGUGGUCUCGGCUCUUGAUCGUCGAUUGCAAACCAUGCAAUUUCCUAUGUCGGAGGAGCAGAUAAAGGAAGUGAAAAGUGGCUUCUACAAAAUUAGGAAAAUUCCCAAUGUUGUUGGAGCAAGUGAUGGGACCCUUAUCCCAAUCAUCAACCCAAUUGAGAAUGAGGAGGCUUAUAUAUGCAGAAAGGGGUUCCAUGUACUCAAUGUCCAAGCAGUUGUUAAUCAUUAAAUGAGGUAAGAUAUCCCUGCAUUUCCCCAAUAAAUGCUUGUUUAAAU